AUGAAGGUGGUGGGCUUUGAAGCUAGAGGUGAUGAGCUCAGAAAGAGGACUAGACGGUGGCUUGGCGUUGGUAUGAGUUCGCUAUUGUCAUCCUACGAGGCAGAUUUCAUCAGUACGCUGGAACAGGCGCGUUUGAGCCUGAAGGAUGCCCCUGGACAGCCGGUCGCCCAGAGGAACUUGACCUUGAAACAGGUGGAAUCGCAACAAGAAGAACUGUAUGACCUGAUAGAUCAGAUGGAGGUGGAAGUCAACAACAGCGUUGCCGAUGGACAGCAGCGCGCGGCUCAGAAGGCCAAACUAAGGGAGUAUAAGAAACAAGUGCAGACGAACUUAAAACAGCCUCUACAGAGGCUGGUGGACUCUAGAGACCGUGAUGUGCUUUUUGGAGACGCAGCAGUUCCUUCGGACAUUGAUGAGGGGCAGAGGCAGCAGCUGCUGUCAAACCAUCAGAUCCUCCAGAGCUCCGGCGACAAGUUGAGAGAUGCAAGCAGGAUAGCGACAGAGACGGAAGGGAUAGGAUCUCAGAUAAUGAUGGACUUGAGAUCGCAGAGGGAGACGCUGGAGAACGCCAGAAACACGCUUUUUCAGGCGGACUCGUACGUGGACAAAAGCAUAAGGACCCUGAAAACGAUGAGCAGAAGAUUGGUCGCUAAUAAAUUUAUCAGCUAUGCUAUCAUCGCGGUGCUAAUCCUACUAAUCCUACUGGUGUUGUUUUCCAAAUUUAGGUAG